GCGGCGGCGGCGGCGGCGGCUCCCCCUCGGGCCCAGGCACUCCGGAUGCGACUGCGAGGCCGGCGCCUGGCGCGGCACAAACAUUUCUAUAGGACUCACUCGCCCCGCUAAGGCCGCGCAGCCCAGCUCGGGCCGCAACCGCCCCAUGGAGCCCGCCGGCCCGGCCCCGCCGCUCGGCGACGCCCAGCUGGGCCGCCUGCGGGACUCGCACGGGAAGGUGGUCACUAGCUGCCAAGAAAAAAUUCAGCACUGGAAGAAGGUUGAGAGUGACUAUGAAGCACUUCAGGAACGGCUCAGUACGCUGCCAGACAGACUUUCAUACGAUAUCAUGGUCCCCUUUGGCCCCCUUGCGUUCAUGCCAGGAAGACUUGUUCAUACCAAUGAGAUUACAGUUCUUCUUGGGGACAACUGGUUUGCAAAAUGUUCAGCAAAACAGGCCAGUGGUCUAGUGGAACACAGGAAAAAACGUGUAAGAAAAAUGCUGGAUGAUUUGGGAAAAGUAAUGAAGAAUUUUGAAUCCAGAGUUGAAUUCACUGAAGAUUUGCAGAGGAUGAGUGAUGCAGCAGGCGAUUUUGUUGAUAUCAGAGAAAUAGCAGAAAGUGAUGAUGCUGAAACAAAAGGAAAGUGCAGAACUGCUCAUAAACCUCAUUCAAAACCAAAAACACGUGCUUUCGAGGCAAAUCUUCACGAGACUGGAACUGAUAAAAAACCCAAUGGGGACUUAAAAUCAGAAGAGGACCUUUGGGCCCGACUUGAUGAACUUGACAGGCAGGAACAAAUCCUUGGUGAACUCAACAGGAUUUCUGAUACUCGUGAUGCAAAUGGAGAAGGUGCCUCUUCCUCUGAAGAAGAGAGAGAGGACAAAAAGUUAAAUCUGGAUGUAGUUCACAAGGAAGAAGAACCUAAUACUCAGGGCAACUUUCAGAAGGAAGUAACCAAGUUUGAAUCAUUCAGAAGUCAGGUUAAUGGCCCAAAUCAUUACUGGAGCGAUGAUGAGGAUGAUUUAGCCAUUACUGAGAAUGCUGUGCCGACAAUAUAUUUCUCCCACACUGUGGAACCUAAAAGGGUACGAAUAAACACAGGAAAAAAUACUACUUUAAAAUUUAGUGAAAAGAAAGAAGAAGCAAAACGGAAACGGAAGAAUAGCAAUGGAAAUGGACAGGUGACUACGGAACUGCCAAACAUUAAAACACCAGCAGAUAUUUAUCGAGUCUUUGUUGAUGUUGUGAAUGGAGAAUAUGUCCCUCGUAAAUCAAUUUUGAAGUCUCGAAGCCGGGAGAAUAGUGUUUGUAGCGAUACCAGCGAGAACAGCACCACCGAGUUUGAUGACAGACGGGGAAUUCUGAGGAGCCUCAGCUUGGAUGAAGCUACCCAUAGUGAUAACAGUGAAGGCAUCUUGGAAGAGGAGGAGGAGGAAGAACAGGGGGAGCAGGACCCCCUUUCCAGAAAAGCACCUCCCUUGUCAGGAAUGCAUGAGGCUUUCUCAGGAACAGUUGUCGAGAAGGAACCUUUGUCACCCUCUUCAAUACCACAUCUAGUAAUUGCUCAUCCUGUCCUGCCCACCAUUUUGGAGCGAAAAUCUGAGGAAGUUCUCUGCGAGGCUUCAGAAGAAACAACAAAGAGAGUUUCAAAAUUCAAAGCCGCCAGAAUGCAACAGAAAAGCUAGCUCCCAUAUAAGCAGUGGACAUGGUUCAUUUUCAUGAAAUCGAGUGGCAAGAAAUGGCUUAUAUUUAGCUAGUAAGAUGGCAGAUUGCCUUGAUUUAAUAUUGUUCAUGCUUAGACCUCUUGUUGAUAUUUCUUUUUUU